AUGGCGAUAGCAGCGUCGAGUGCCGGUCAGGGUGAAAGCUCAAAGGCCACGGCGGACGCAAGCAUCACCAAGGGCGGCCAAGAGGAGAGGGACGAGAAGUCGUGGAACUCAUCGGCGUGGUGGAGCAAUAGAUCAGACGGCUGGAAGGACAAGUCCAGCAGCUGGAGGGACUACUCCGACGGCUGGAACGACAGGUCCGACGGAUGGAAUUACAGUAGCUGGGAGAGCUGGUCUUGGAACGAAGGCAAGUGGGGCGGUCAGUCGAGCCCAGAGAAGUGGAAGAACGACGAGAAGCCCCGCGGGAAGGCUUUCGCCGAUCCAGAGGCGCGGCCCGGAUGGCCGGAGUUCAAGCUUUGGAGAAGAAAAGUGAUGCGCUGGAGGCAAACCACAGAUGUGGAGACGCACAAUCACGCGGACCGCAUCAUGAAGCUGUUGCCGAUCGACCUUCAGCGCAAGCUAGUGGACAUCACGGAUGAUGAUUUGAUCUCGGACAGCGCUGCAGACAAA